GACGUUUCGCGGUCCCCUUCCAAAAAAUUAUGUAAAAUCGAACGAAAGCGAAAGUGCGUAGAUCGGGGUUUCCAAACGAAAUUAAAUUGCGAUUUGGGGCCCGAUUCCGGUUCCCAAUGUGCCGACAUUAACCGGAACGGCACGAUACAAUGUUUGAUUGGUAGUCGGGAAGCAAAAAUCAAAACAAAAACAAACCAGAACUACAGGACUUUUGGAGGAUGCUGCUGAGCCUUAGCUUGCAACUGCCCGGAAGGCUGCUCGCACUGAAGCAAGUUCCGGUGCAGCUGGCCCAUGGAAUCGUCCGCCGGAAGCAGCUGACCAGAUGUGCAUUUCUGAGUCCAAUCUGCGGCCACUCGUCGCGCCUGUACCACAACGAGGACAGUGGCGCCGGCAGCGGAGCGGGAGGUUCGCGGAUUCUCGGCGCCCCGCCGAAGGCGCCCUUCUACAAGUGCUUCUCGUCGUCGCUCAAAAAGGAAGACUUCCAGGUUAAAUCCGUCGAGGGCGCGGAAAUUCUGCAGAAUGUGCUCCAAAAGAACAAACAGCUGCUGCAGGAGAAGAAGGCCGUCCUCAUCCAGGACAUCCGCGAGCGCAAGGAAAAGGUCAAGGAGCGCGUCGAGGAGGUGAUCGAGCGGGAGAACGUGGCCACCAUCCCGAAUCUGCUGUGCGUCGGCCGGAUCGCCCUGUCCCCGUACCUCGGCUACGUCAUCGUCCAGUCCGACUUUGCGCUGGCCAUGGGACUGCUGGUGGUGGCCGGACUGACCGACCUGGCCGAUGGCCUGAUCGCGCGCAACUGGCCGAGCCAGGCGAGCCGGCUGGGUUCGUUUUUGGACCCGCUGGCGGACAAGAUUCUGCUCGGUUCGCUCGUCAUUUCGAUGAGUUACGUGGAGAUGAUGCCGCUGUGGCUGUCCGGGAUGAUUUUGUUCCGCGACGCGUUCCUGAUCGGGGCCGGCUUCGUGAUCCGCUACAUCAGUCUACCUCAGCCGCGCACACUGUCACGCUACUUCGACGUGACGCACGCCACUGCCCAGCUGGCGCCAACGUUCGUCAGCAAAGUGAACACUGCCGUACAGCUGGCCACGGUCGCCAUCACGCUCGGAGCCCCCGUCUGGAACUACGUGGACCACGCGUACCUGCACGCGCUCUGGUAUCUGACCGGGGUGACGACGGUGGCCGCCGCCCUCAGCUACAUCGUCAACAAGGACACGUACCGAAUUCUGAAGGACCAGCGGAAGAAGCACUAGCAACCGGGGGGAGGAUUAUUUUAAUGUUUUGAAAAUUGUUUUUUUUUUUUGCCAAUGGCAAAUCUUAUUCUCUGUUUGUCCAGCAAUUAGGCCAGAACAUUGUACAUAACAAAUUGUCCGAAUAAAAGUUUAUAUUUUGAUCAUUAACCC